UUAAACGCUGCUAUGAAUCUGUGUGCUGUUCUGCUGUUCCUCAUUGCCAGGGUCUGUGCGGAAAGUCUGGAGGGGCCAACAGCUGGCUGCACGUUUGAGGAAUACUCCGACCCCAGCCUAUGUGAAUACAGACAGGCACAGGAAGAUGAUUUUGAUUGGCAGCUUGUACGGACCUACAGCUGGCCGCACAUGACCUCUGACCUUAUACGAGGCUCCUACAUGCUGGUGAACUCUUCUCAGUAUGGUGCAGGGCAGCGGGCUCAGCUCAUGUUACGUCCGCUGAGUGAGAACGACACACACUGUGUGCAGUUCAGUUAUUUUCUGUACAGCCGUGAUGGACACAGUCCCGGGGGCCUGAGCGUGUAUGUGCGGGUAAACGGUGGCUCGCGGGGAAAUGCCGUGUGGAAUGUUUCCGGCUCUCAGGGGCGGCAGUGGCAUCAGGUGGAGUUGGCCGUCAGCACCUUCUGGCCCAGCGAGUACCAGAUCGUUUUUGAAGCCACAGUCUCAACGGAGCGGAAGGGUUACAUCGGCCUGGACGAUAUAGUGCUGUUAAACUACCCCUGCUUUUGGAUUGGGGCGCUCGGAGUCGUGGCCCGCCGUGGGUCUCGCUACCUGCUGACUUCUGGGAAAUGCAGUGCGGUCAUGCUGACAGGAAUGCUGGAAAAUGGAGAGUGUGCGGAUGGGGAACAUACUGUUGGAUUGUACUAUGCAGUUUUGCUUAUGUAUCACGUCCCCCUCUCUCUGUUUCAGAGGCGUAAUGGUGUUCUGAUGUCGCCAUACUCAGUGACGUCAUCAGUAGGCGAGCGUCGAUUGGUUGCGUGGUUUCAGGUGGGCGGAGCCCAGCGUGGAGAGCAGGAUCUCUACCGAUGCCUCACUCAGUCGACAUACGGAGCCGCAGUGUCAAACUUUGCUGAACUAAUCGUCAGAGUCCCGCCCACACCGAUAGCUCCGCCCCAGCUGCUGCGCUCUGGCCCCACUUACCUGAUCAUCCAGCUCAACACUAACUCUAUAGUGGGCGACGGGCCGGUGAUCCGCAGAGAGAUCGUGUACCGGGCCAGCCAUUCGCCCUGGUCUGAAACGCACGGAGUCAACUCACUGACGUAUAAAGUCUGGCACCUGGAGCCGGAUACCGAAUAUCGCAUCAGUGUUCUCCUCACGCGGCCCGGAGAGGGUGGGACCGGCCCGCCUGGACCCCCGCUGGUCAGCAGAACCAAGUGUGCCGAGCCCAUGCGUCCGCUCAGAGGACUGACGGCGUCGGAGAUUCAGUCUCGUCAGCUGCUGCUGCAGUGGGAGCCGGUCGGCUACAACCUGACGCGCUGCCAUACGUACUCGCUGUCGCUCUGCUACCGCUACUCCACGGCCGCGGGGGGCGGAGCCGGCGGGAAUAACGCCACGGUGAGGGAGUGUCUGUCGGUGGAGCGGAACACCUCCCGCUUCACGCUCCGGGACCUGCCUCCGUUCCAUGCCAUUCACGUGCGGCUGGCACUAGCCAAUCCUGAGGGCAAGAAAGAGAGCAGAGAGGUCACCUUUCAGACCGAGGAAGACAUGAAGCUAAACUCCAACACUGAUCCUCCACCGUUUGCUGUUACAUCAUUUCCUCUGGGCUCACUCUCUGUUUCCUGUUUUCAGAUCAGCUACCAGAGCAUCGAAUCGUCAGAUCCCAGCAUCAACGUUCCUGGCCCACGGCGCACCGUCUCCAAACUAAAGAACGAGACGUAUCACAUGUUCUCCGGGCUUCAUCCUGGCACCACAUACCUGGUGUCUGUUCGCGCUCGCACCGCCAAGGGCUUUGGCCAGACCGCCCUGACCGAAAUCACCACCAAUAUCUCAGCACCUGCGUUUGACUAUGAAGUCGUCCCCUCUCCACUGAGUGAAUCUGAGAGCACAAUAACAGUCCUCCUGCGUCCAGCCUUGGGGAGAGGAGCACCUAUAGCCCUGAUAACUUGUAUCCAUUCUCUGUUUUACCCUCAGGAGACCAGGAUCAACUGCAUUCGGAUUGCUCGUAAAGAGGCCUGUAAGGACCAUAAGCGAGCUCUGGAGGUGUCCCAGCAUGCCGAGGACAUGGGGCUGAUCCUGGGGACCUGUGCCGGGGGGUUGGUUGUUCUCAUCCUCCUGCUGGGAGCCAUCGUGGUUGUUGUCAAGAAAGGAAGGGACAUCUAUUCGUAUCCUUACUACCCCAGGAAGAAGGUGAACAUUAAUAAAGCGGUGAUGACGUAUCGUCAGGAGAAGACGCGUAAGCUGGGGUCACUGGACUGCAGUACGACAGAGCACAGUACACUGCAACAGGACGAUCGCACGGCGCACACCUUCAUGGACUCACAUAACAGCACUGCUAGAAACGAGCAGCGCAGCACGGUGAAUGAGUCCAGCAGCCUGCUGGGUGGUUCUCCCAGAAGACACUGCAGGAGGAAAAGUUCUCCGUACCACACAGGCCAGCUCCACCCGGCCGUGAGAGUGGCAGACCUGCUCCAACACAUCAACCAGAUGAAGACAGGAGAGGGCUACAGCUUCAAGCAGGAGUAUGAGAGUUUUUUUGAUGGCUGGGACAUAAACGAAAAGAAGGACAAGACCAAGGGCCGACAUGACACCCUUCUGGGUCAAGACCGUCACCGUGUGAAAAUGCAUUCUCUCCUGGCCGAUCCUAACUCAGACUAUGUCAAUGCAAACUACAUUGAUAUUCGGAUAAACAGGGAAGGGUAUCAGCGCUCCAACCAUUUCAUCGCCACACAAGGGCCCAAGCAGGACAUGAUCUAUGACUUCUGGCGCAUGGUUUGGCAGGAGAACUGCUACAGCAUCGUGAUGAUCACCAAACUGGUGGAGGUGGGGAGAAUGAAGUGCUGUAAAUACUGGCCUGAUGACAGUGAGCUCUAUGGAGACAUUAAAAUCACUCUGCUGAAAACAGAAACGCUGGCAGAAUACACCGUACGCACUUUUGCCAUGGAGCGGCGGGGUUACCCAGCUAAACAUGAAGUCUGCCAGUUCCACUUUACAAACUGGCCAGAACACGGUGUCCCGUAUCAUGCCACAGGACUGCUGGCCUUCCUCCGGCGGGUCAAAGCCUCCACGCCGCUCGACAUUGGCCCAGUGGUGGUCCACUGCAGUAUGGGCGCUGGCCGAACCGGCUGUUACAUCGUAUUGGACGUGAUGCUGGAUAUGGCGGAGUGUGAGGGUGUGGUGGACAUUUAUAACUGUGUGAAGACGCUCUGCUCGCGACGUAUCAACAUGAUCCAGACUGAGGAGCAGUAUAUAUUCAUCCACGAUGCCAUACUAGAGGCCUGUCUGUGCGGAGAGACCGCCAUCCCCAUCAGCGAGUUUGCGCUCACCUAUAAGGACAUGUUGAGUGUGGAUUCUCAGACCAACACCUCCCAACUGCGUGAAGAGUUUCAGACUCUAAACUCUGUCACCCCUCACCUGGAUGUGGAGGAGUGCAGCGUCUCUCUGCUGCCCCACAACCGUGAGAAGAACCGGAGCAUGGACGUGCUGCCUCCCGACCGCGCGCUGGCGUUUCUAGUCUCCACCGAGGGCGACAGCAACAACUACAUAAACGCUGCACUGAUGGACAGCUUCCUGCAGCCGGCUGCAUUCGUGGUGACCCCUCACCCCCUGCCCACCACCACCGCUGACUUCUGGAGACUGGUGUUUGACUACGGCUGUACCUCCAUCGUCAUGCUCAACCAGCUCAAGCAGUCCAACUCAGCCUGGCCUUGUCUGCAGUACUGGCCUGAAACAGGCAUGCAGCAGUUUGGACCCAUGACAGUGGAGCUGCUCUCCAGAUCCACUGAUGACAACGUCAUCACUCGCCUAUUCAGAGUGACCAACAUCAAACGCGACCCCAGAGAGAGCCACCCGUGUUGGAACAAUGAGUCUCGCUUCCCCAAAAAGCUGCAGGAAGGUCAUCUGGUAGUGCGACAUUUCCAGUUCUUGCGCUGGUCGGCUUAUCGUGAAAUCCCAGACUCUAAGAAGGCCUUUCUCAACCUGCUGGCACAAGUGCAGAAGUGGCUGAGGGAGUGCGGCGACGGUCGCACUGUAGUGCACUGCCUGAAUGGCGGCGGACGCAGUGGCACUUUCUGCGCUUGCACCAUGAUAAUGGAGAUGGUGCACCAUCACAACAUGGUGGACGUGUUCUAUGCUGUCAAGACUCUCCGCAACUCCAAGCCCAACAUGGUGGAGUCUAUGGUUAGUGUGCUUACUUAUGUCAAGAACUAA